UGUUGGAAACUGAGAAACAAUUUUAAUAUGUUAUUCAAACUAUAUAGGGAUAAGAGUGCACCGUGGUUUACCGUUGCAGAAGUAUUUGGUUCCGUGAUUAUAGUUUGCCUGGUGAUCAAAUCCUUUUUUAGCCGUUGAAUAAUCUCUGCACGUUCUUUCUUGAGCACUUUGGUGACUUCCGCACUUCCUUUCUCCUUCCAUUUUUUUCUCACCCACGUAAACCCUUCAAAAACGAAGCAGCAAGCAGCGACAGCAAAAGGCAGGAAUAGGAAAAAGAUCGAUCAUUGCUUCACUUUCACACGGCCUUCAACGCUAUCACUCUUUCUUUUUCCUUCCUUGGGCAGGGUUUUAAAUUUUCUCAAGGGUUUCUUGGGGAAGAAGUUUUCUCUUUAAAUGGAGAAAAUUUCGUCGGAUUUGAAGCUCUCUGAGUUGAAGCAGAACGGUCUGAACAGAGCCUAUGAAAACAUGAAUGCCCAAUGGAGAGAUUUGGAGGAACACUUUGACUUAACUCGGAAAUCCAUCGAAUCCCAGUUUGAAGAGCUUGAGCGGCGUGCAAAAGAGGUGGGUUUGAAGGAGCAGCAGUUGGAUACAAUGCAGGAGCAUCAGAGAGAGUGUGAGAGAGAGCUUGCUGGAAAGGAGAGCAAACUGGGUUCGGUGCUAGAGAAGCUUCGGUUGAAAGAGGAGCACCUGGAUUCAAUACGAAAGUCAGUGGAGGAGUGCUCCGGUGACCUUGAGUUGAAAAAACAGGAAUUGUGGUCUAUGCAAAUAUCAGUGGCGAAGUGCUUUUCAGAGAUUGAGUCUAAAAAGAAUCAACUGGGGUCAUUGGAGCAGUCGUUAGUGCAAUGUUCCAAGAAACUGAGAUGGAAAGAGCAGCGGCUGGAGGUGGUUGAGAAGUCGAUUCAUAAAUGUUUUGAUGAAGUUAUACUGAAGGGGAAGGAACUUGAGUCCGCGGAAAAAAGAUUAGAAGAUUGUCUUGGGAAGCUUGAACUGAAAGAGAAGGAACUAUGUGAGGUUCAAAAGUUGAUUAGAGAGCGAUGUGUCGAGCUUGAGUUGAAGGAGAGGCAGAUUGACAGUAUCAAAAUAUUGAUUCAAGAAAACAGUGAAGAGCUUGAGUUGAAGGUAAAGCAAUGUGGUGAAGCAGAAAAGUCAAUCAAGGAUCAGAAAAUGGAACUUAAACUUAAAGAGAAGGAAGUUGAAUCUGUUGAUAAAUCCAUCAAAGAGCAGUUGGAAGAAGUUAAAUCAAGAGAAAAGAUAAUGGAUUUGAGAGAAAGGAAAAUUAAAGACUUAACUGAUGAAGUUGAGUCUGAGGGAAAGAAACUUGAUUCAAUCCAAGAAGUGUACAAAAGAUAUUGUGACGAUGUUGAAUUGAAAGAGAGAGAAUAUAAUGCAAUUGGAAGGUCCAUUGAAGAACUCAAGCAGGAGCUUGAAUUGAAAGAAAAUCAACUAGAAUCGACCCAAAAUUUUAUUGAAGAGUCUGACAAGAAGCUCAAAUCAAAAGAGGAAAUGCUUGAUUUAAUCCAAAAAAAAAUUGUGGAAUGCUCUAGGGAAAAAGAAUUGAAGGAGAAGCAGCUUGAUUUCCUAGAAGAAUCUAUCAAAAAGUGCACUGAUAGUCUUGUAUCAAAGGAGAAGCAACUCAAUUAUGUACAAGACAUAGCAAAAGAACGCCUCAAAGAACUUGAAUUUGAAGAGAAAAAUCUUGUCUCAUUCAAGAACUCCAUAGAAGAGUGUUCACAUGAUCUUGAAAUGAGAGAAAGGCAGUUCGAAAAACGAGCUAGGGAGCUUGACUUUAAAGAGAAACAACUCGAUACAUUACAAAAUCCAAUCAAUGAGGCUAUAAAAGAGAAGGAAUUGAAGGGGAAGAAGUGUAACCUUCCUUCACAAGUGAAGACUGAACAGCUUGAAUACACCAUGGCCAACAAUGCUACUGUUCAUUACCCUGCACCUUUCAGACCCUGUGCCCAUGGACGAAGUUUGCAAUUGUUAAUGAAUGAGAGUUUGCAUAGGCACGAGCUAGUGUGUGGUCAGGUCUCUACAAUUCUUCAAACAUCAUCGAACCCUUCGAAGUUGGUGCUAGAUGCAAUGCAUGGGUUUUAUCCUCCACAUUCAAGGGAGGGAUUUAUGGAGUUUGAUGUGAAUAUUAUUAGGAGAAGUUGCAUUCUUUUGUUAGAGCAGUUAAUGAAGGCCUCACCUGCAGUUAACCCUCAAGUGAGGGAAGCAGCAAUGAAGUUGGCAGUUGAAUGGAAGCAAAAGAUGAGAAUGGCCCAUGAUAAUUGUUUCGAGGUUUUGGGUUUUCUGCAGCUUUUGGCCGCAUACAGAUUGGGCUCUUGUUUUAAUGGAUAUGAGCUCCAGAGUCUUCUUGAUAUAGUCGAUCAGCAUGCACAGGCACUUGAAUUACGGCAAACCCUUGGCAUUGCAUGUAAAACACCUGUGAUUAGCAUCCUUCAUUCCCAAGAGCAACCUGAAUAUUUGCCCCCAGAAAAUGCAGCCAAUUCUUCUUUUGCAGAUCUUCAACUAACUGCCACUACAUACAAGAAUUUUCAGUUGCUCUUGAAUGAGCAAUGGAACAGUCCUGAUGAAAUGUGCGAAGCAAUUUUUCAUGCUCUUCAAAUGUCAUUGGACCCGGCAAAGCUUGUUUUGGAUGUGAUUCAGGGGUCUUUCCCUCGUAUUUGGGAGAAGAGAGAGACUGGUUUUCAAGCAAGUUCCAUGAAUAGUUACUUUUUUAUGCUAGAGCAGCUAAUGAGAAUGUCACCACAGAUUGAUCCACAAGUUAAAGAAGAAGCAAUUAAGCUGGCAGUUGACUGGAAAGAAAGAUUGAUUGCCAACACUAGGAAUUCUUUGGAGGUUUUGGCUUUUCUGCAGCUGUUAGCCUCUUAUGGUUUGGCAUCUUCAUUUGAUGGAUAUGAGAUUUUAAAGCUUUUUGAAGUUGUUAUACAAUAUAAACAGGCUGUAGAAUUAUGUCAGACCCUUGGUUUUGCAGAUGAGAUUCCUGAUUUUAUUGAGAAAUUGAUUGAGAGGAAGCUGUAUAUUAAGGCUGUUAGAUUUGUGUGUGCCUUCAAGUUGGUUGACAACUUUCCACCAGCACUUCUGCUGAAAGAAUACCUGGAGAAUGCAAGGAGAUCUGCCCAGAUAUUAUGCCAGAAAAAGAAAUCAUUUCAAGCAAAGGAUGAGGCCACAGAUGGUGAAAUAGAUGCUCUAAGAACCGCAAUGAAAUGCAUUAUCGAUUUCAACCUUCAAUCCCAUUUCCCACCCAAGGACAUUGAAAAACGCAUUGUUGAGCUUGAGAAGCUUAGGGCAGAAAGGAGAUGUUCUGUACCAGGCCCCAAGAAGCAAGUGUGGCACCAGAAUAAAAAUAAACGUCUUCGAACUGAGGUAUCCACUGUUGAACCCUUUGACAUUCCAGUUUUCACUCCGUCUGGGCAGUAUGAAACAAGUUAUCUUUCUAGUGGAGGACCUUGGCAGUUUGCUUCAUCAGGCAACAGCUCCAGAAAUAAUUUGCGUACUAGGCAGGGUUUUGCUGGAAAUCAUUACUUGUAUCAUUCCUGACCUAAACUCAGCCUUAAUUAUGACAGGCCAAUGUCUGAUGUUGUAAUUAU